CUCCUUCUAGUGCCCGGCUUUCCUCCCCUCCCCCUCAUCGCCGGCCGAGUUCUUCCUUUUCAGAGUCGUCUUGUCGCGAAGAUUUUCUUACUGCUGCUGUCGCUGCCUCCACCACCGCCCCUGGGCUCAUUUGCCCUGACCCCUUCCCGCUGCCCUGCCCCCAACCCCACACAAGAUGUCAGAAGAUUUAGCAAAGCAGCUGGCAAGCUAUAAAGCUCAACUCCAGCAAGUUGAAGCUGCAUUAUCUGGAAAUGGAGAAAAUGAAGAUUUGCUAAAAUUGAAGAAAGAUUUACAAUGGCUCUCUGCAUCCCCGAAACGCCUUCCUUCAGUAAGCAGAGUGCUUGAGUGCACCCCCUUUGACCUGCUGAUAUGUAGAUCACAACACCUGAUGCUUCCUGGAAUUGCCGAUUACUGUAACUGCUGCCCAUCUGUCGAUGAAGGAGCAGUUUCAGAACUCAGACUUGAGGGAGGAAAAGUAAUUAAUGGAAGUCAUAGAACUAACCAAAGACCUUCUGUCAACUCAACCUUCUGAAACUCUUGCAAGUUCAGACAAUUUUGCAUCUACUCAGCCCACACAUUCAUGGAAAGUAGGAGACAAGUGUAUGGCAAUCUGGAGUGAAGAUGGACAGUGUUAUGAAGCGGAGAUUGAGGAGAUAGAUGAAGAAAAUGGCACCGCUGCAAUCACCUUUGCUGGUUAUGGCAAUGCUGAAGUGACUCCACUGUUGAACCUCAAGCCUGUAGAAGAAGGAAGGAAGGCAAAGGAGGACAGUGGCAACAAACCCAUGUCAAAAAAAGAAAUGAUUGCCCAGCAGCGUGAAUAUAAAAAGAAGAAAGCUUUGAAAAAAGCACAGAGAAUAAAAGAACUUGAGCAGGAAAGAGAAGAUCAGAAGGUGAAAUGGCAACAGUUUAACAACAGAGCCUAUUCUAAAAACAAAAAAGGCCAGGUAAAGAGGAGUAUUUUUGCUUCACCUGAGAGUGUAACAGGCAAAGUUGGAGUAGGAACUUGUGGAAUUGCUGAUAAACCUAUGACACAAUAUCAAGAUACUUCUAAAUACAAUGUUAGGCAUUUGAUGCCUCAAUAAUCGGAAAAACUGUUGGAUUUCAUCUCUGCAGGGCUUUACAUUUACCUUUUUAUCCUUAUAUUUUUCUAAAGGUAAAUUAUUUGUUAGAUGAGUAAGGAAGAUACCAUUGUCUUCAUUGUUUUGACUUCAGUAGAAUGAAACUUGAAGAAAUUGAAUUUGAUAAUUGCUAUUCAUUUAACUUUUUCAUUACUAUUACCACAAUUCCCUCAAAGUUUGUUGAAUAAAGCAACUUUUCUAGAUGCUGCUUAAUACAGCACUUAGAUGAAUUAUUGAUCUUCCUAUUAUCAGGCCCCACUUAAUCUAUGGCAUAUGCUUUUUGUAAGUCAUAACUUAGAAUUUUCAGAUGCUUUCACCUUGAUACAUAACUCUAGUAAUUCAUUGGAACAUCAAGGCAAAAUACCAGCCUGUAAAGAGAUCUUUUAAUUUUCAACUUUUAAAACCUAGCUUUUGUCCAGUUAAAGCCUAAAUAUAGGUUAAUUUGUAAAUGGCAGAGUUUGAAGUUUUUCCUUCAAUACUUUGUUUCUUAGGCCUAUUAUGCCAUUUCUGAAGUUGAUCCAGCUCUUUUACUUUCAUUGGAAUUUUAGUUUUAUGUAAGAAACCAUGUUUAGGAUGAGCUACUUUUUCUAAGGAGUUUUUGUUUUCUGUACGUUUGCUUUUUUCCAGUGUUGAUUUUUUUCACUUAGUUGUGGUACCAUGUUUGGGAUAUGUGAUGUUUAUAUGGGAAAACAAAAAGCUGAUGUAUAGCCCUGUAUACAGUGUAGAUACUAUUUUUGUAAAAAAAAAAAAAAAAAAAAGGCUAAAUUAAUGAACAAGAGUACUGAAUGUUUCAUUAAAAUUUCCUGUAUUUCUUGUGCAUUAAUCUGACCAUAGUUUCCCUGUAUAUUAUGUUCAUGUAGCUGAGUUUAUAAUUUUCAUUAACUAGAUCAAGUCAGCAUUUGUUGAUGUAAGUGACCAUCACAGUUACUGUCAGUUGAGUUUAAGCCAAAUACAUGCAUAGAAAAGGGUCUUCCUAUUAAUGGAAGAUGAUAAUUUUAGGAUGUAUGUUAAUUUCAGUUUUGUAUGUUUAACUUUUAUUAAAUAAAGUGUUUUUAAAAUCUC